CGGAGCUCCACGGUCACCGAUCCUCUCCAGAGCUCCGAGAUGAGUGACCAGCUCUGGAGCUCCAAGAUGAGUGAUCCUCCCCAGAGCUCUGAGAUGAGUGAUCCUCUCCGGAGCUCCAAGAGAAACAAAACUCAGCGGGCCAGGUUGCUGCGGUCAGAAUGGACCCAGGACUGCAGGAGUGACCUCACCAGGACGGCCACCUCGCCUUGGCCAGCUGGCAGCACGCCUCCCGUGCAGUGCCAAGGGCUGCUGACCUUCCUGCUGCUGGGGAGAGCCCUGGAAUUACAUCUGCAGCCUUCCUGAAUCCCAACGUUAUUUUCUCCAGGGCUGAUUUCCAGCCUGCUGUCCUCCAGGGUCUGAAUUUCCCGUCUGGAUGGCAGCACGGUGCAUGAACAGCUCCCUCAAGUUUUGAAUCAUCCAUGACUUGAUCAUCACCCAAGUCAUGAAUACAGAUCUUUAACAUAUUGAUCUCUUUUCUGAGCCACACUCUCUUCUAACCCUGCAAGCUUUGACAGUGUCUCUGUAUUUCUCCUAACUCCAUCUCUUGUACGCUUUAUUUUUACAUCUGUGUUUUGUUGAGAAGCCCUCGUUUGUAUUUUUGGCGUUUAGUUUCGAUGAUUGUGAAGGUAAAACCUUGGCCUGCCCUUGUGGCACGACCUGGAUCCCCCUGUGCCCUUUCCGUGGUCCAGCAGCUCCCGUGGCAGCAGCUGGGGGUGGUGGAUUCCAGCUGCAUUUACACAUCACCCCCCAGAAAAACAAAUUAUUCCGCAUUUCUGGCUCCCCGAAUCUGGCCGGGCGAGCCGCUGCUGUGUCCCAGCACAAAAUGAGCAAAGAACGAGGAAAGAAAGGUGGAAUUUGGGAUUGUCCUGAGCGGGGAGGGACCCACGGGGACCACCCAGGUCCAGCUCCUGGCCCUGAACACCCCCAGCUCCUCUCAGGGGUUCUGGAAGGGGAAAAAACCCUGCCCUGGGUUCUGGAAGGGGAAAAAAUCCUGGCCUGGGUUCUGGAAGGGGAAAAAAUCCUGGCCUGGCUUCUGGAAGGGGAAAAAAUCUCUCCUGCACUGAGGGUCUGAGGUAGCAACAGGCUGGGCAAGAAUUAGUGUUGACUCUGGGAUUCAUAGAAGGUUGAUCAAGCUCUUUAUUCCAUAUUAUUAAAUUAUUAUUAUUAUUAUUAUUAUUAUUAUUAUUAUUAUUAUUAGUGGUGGUGUUAUAGUUAUUAUUAUUAUUAUUAUUAUUAUUAUUAUUAUUAUUAUUAGUACGACACCUAUUGCUUUUAUAGAUAUGAUAUAGGUCGACCUAAUUGGUCCUCUAAUCUGAAUUGUUUUUUUUAAUAUGGUGGAAAAAUAUCUGAUUUUUUUUUAAUGGUGGCGGAAAUAUCCGAUUUUUUUUUUAAAUGGCGGGAAAAAUAUGAAUUUUUGAAAUGGUGGGAAAAAUAUCUGACUUUUUUAACGGCGGGAAAAAAAAAUCAGAUUUUUUUUUUUCUUUAAUGGUGGAAUAAACUAGAUUUUUAUUUUUAAUGGUGGGGGAAAAUAUCUGAAUUUUUUUUUUUUUCAAUGGUGGGGAAAAUAUCUGAUUUUUUUUUUUUAUGGUGGGCAAAAAUCAGAUUUUUUUGAACGGUGGGGAAAAUGUCAGUGGGGAUAAAUGCGAGGCUGGUGGUGCUGUGCUCUCCGCAGUGGUGUACGAGCACCGCGCCCGCCUGGAGCGCUCCCUGCAGAAGGAGAGGGGCGAGCACAAGAAGACCAAGGAAGACUUUCUGGUGUACAAGCUGGAGGCUCAGGAGGCUCUCAACAAGGAGAAGCAAGACUCCAUGAACAGAUAUGGGGCCCUCAGCUCCCAGCACAAGAUCCUGAAGAACCAGCACGACGACGUCAAGAAGCAGCUGCUGGAGCUGCAGCUGCAGCACAACAGCCUCAGGCUGGAGCACAGGAGGAGCCUGGAGAGCCACAGCCAGAAAGUGGCCCAGCUGCAGCAGGAGAAGGACAGCGAGGUCACCAGCCUGCAGGACACGGUGUAUAAACUCAGAGAAGAGAGCAGACUCCUCAGGAAAGCCCACCAGGAGGUUCACUCCCAGCUCCUCGGUGCCCAGGCCCAGGUGGAGGAGUUCAGGCAGCUCAAGGAGGCUCUCCAGAAGAUGCCGGGCUUGAGAGGAGGAGGAGGAGGAGGAAGAGGAGGAGGAGGGAAGGGGCAGCAGCCCCCGGUGCCAGCCAGCAGCCAGCUGCAGCCAGGGGGGCAGGAGGAUGUGAAGAUGCUGAUGCACAUCCAGGUGAGGAGCCACGAGCAGAGCCCGGCUCCUGCAGGACAACCCUCCCCAGCAGGAAAUGCCCCCGUGCCAGGCAGGCAGCAGGCAGCGGGCAGCAGAGAGGUGCCACUGCACAGCUGGCAGAGCCCCCCGGGCACCCCCCGGGCCCCGCAGCCCCCCCCGGGCACUGCCCGGGCUGGGCACAGGGCUGGGCACGGGGGCAGCCCCGGCCCCGGCAGAGCGCAGCCGGCGCGGGAGGACGAGGAGGAGCUGCAAAUGGAUGCAGGAGUCAUCGGCAGGGAGGUGCAGUCCCAGAAAGAGCCCGUGCUCCAGGAGCCCAUGAUGCCGGAUGAUGCUGCAGAUCCUGCCCAGGACCCCAACAACCAGGGCGAGGAUGAGUUUGAGGAGGCUGAGCUGGAGAGACCUGACUUUGAGGAGAAGGUGGGAGCCUCAGAGAAGUUCAAGGAGCCCAGCGUUAAAGAAGAGUGGAAGGAGAAGCCACCAAAGGAUGCUGGCAGACCUGCCAAGGCCAGGGAGGAGCCACUGGAGGAUUACCAAGAAGAUCAGGAGCAGGAAAUUGAGGAUCAUGGAGGGGAGGUGGAUGACAACGAUGACCUGGAGCUUGGCCAGGAGCAGAAGGACCGUGUGGGCAGGCAAGGAGCUGCUGGCAAGAAGGAUGACUACUUCUGAGAGCUGCUGAAAGAACGGGAUACUCCAGGAACGAGGGGAUGGGAGCUCCUCUGGGAGCUGCCUCCUGAGCGAAACAGUGCCCAGAGCAAAGGCAGGAGGAGGGAGCUCUCUGCAGGCCCUGGCAGGGGGGGUGCAGAUGAAAAUCCCACCAGUGUGGGGCACCUGCUGCCUCUCAGAGAUCUCUCAGACUGGGAGUGAUCUUAUCCUGCUGCUUUUCUUAAAGCACUUUUGAUUUACUGUGUUCUUCACCCUCUUGUUUUUCACACUCCCUUUGGAAGCUGGAGAGGGUUUUUUUGGCUGGUUUUGGGGGUGUUUUUUACCCCCCCUGGGCAGCAGAGGGCCCUGGACUCACUCGACUGGUCUCUAAUACAAAGGAAUCUGCCUUGAUAAAUAAUUUUGUGUUUCUUUAGCACACUCUGAGUAGGGCGGGGAGGGAAGCAGAGGAAAUGUCCUGUUCUUUGCCUGGAGCUGUGCAGGAGCACCAAGCACAGCCAGCAGAGUGUGGUGUGAACUCCUGCAGCCCCUUCCUGCUGCAGAGACCCUCCAGAGACAGGAGCAGAUCCCUGCAGAGCCCUCCUUGGGCUGGGACAGUCCUGCUGGCCUCAGUGUCCCCUGGAAUGCUGGGGCUCUUCUCUGCUGGAGCUCAGGGCUGCCCUGAGCUCAGAGAGGCUCCUCCCCACGGGGACAGGGACAGCCACACCAAGAAACAGGAAAAAAAGGAAUAUUUGCAGCCCAACUCACGCAGUUUCAAGCUGUUUGGAUUGUUGCCAGUCUCCCAACAGGAGCUAAGGUAAAUUUUGUCUCUUCUGGACAGGUUUUGAUCAGCAAGCUGGGUGUUGUUGAUGGAGUAGAUUGAAUCCUGUGGGACUUUACCUGGCCUCCAAAAGACAUCUUACCUGACCUCAGGGACAAAAAGGAACAGUCAGCUGGAACCCCUGGAAAUUAAAAUGAAAGGAUAAUGAGUUUAAUCACAAUAUCUCAAAGCCCAGAACCUGUUUUAAGUGAUAAGAACAGGGCAGAGCUGUCCCACUCCCUGUGCCUGAGCUGUGUCCUGCUUCCUCAUCCCCAGACUCUGGGACCUCAAACACAGCUUGUGCCUGAAUCUCAUCACCUGCUAAAAAAUCGGAGCCUCUUUGUUCUCUAUUUGAAUUAGUUGAGCUCUUUGCAAUCCCUUGUUUGUGGCAUAUUUUGCAAGCACUUUUAGACACUGGGGAAAACAAUAUUUAAUUCCCAACAAGCUCAGCCUUUUUCAUUCUGACAGCACUGAUUAUUUUUUUCUUCCACUGGUUGUAACAGAGCUUGAAAUUUACAUUUCAUAGGAGUUUUUGGUUCUUUAUUUUCAUUCUGCUUGUGUUCCUUACCAGUACAAUCAGCUGUGCAAAUCCAGCUCUGGCAUAGAAUCGAGCAGAGUAAGGAAAGGGACAAUUUUAGGGAAUUAUCUUUUAGCCAAGUGCCAGAGCUGCUCAUGGAGCCCAGAGAGGAGCUCACGACAGAACCCCAGUGGGGUUUUAGGUACCCAAAAUGCCCUGAGAUGGUUCAGGCUGCGUUGGUGCCUUGCCAGCCCUGUGUCAUGCAGCUCCUCUGUGAACAGCUCACCCACAGCAGAGCAGCUGAGGCUGCAGUUCCUUUUGCAGAGCAUCCUGAGCAGAGCUGCCUCCCUGUCCCAGGGCAGAGCAGCCCCCUGCCUCCCCAGCACGGCCCCAGGGCCAAAGCUCUGUGCCCAAGUUGGGUUCUGUGCUUCCUUUUCUGCCUUCUGGGAUUGAAGAUGAUGGUUCACACUCAGAUCCGGGUGUUUAUUGUUUCUUUUAUCAAUGCUACAGUCUCACAGCGCUGAGCUCUGCAGUAUUUCAUUAACAAGGCACAAAAUGGCCAAACAAUCUCUUGUUGCAAGGUCUUUUAAGGCUAAACUAUCCAAUUAAGAAAUUACACCUAAAUUAUUGUUACUUUUAACCCAAUAACCAACCCCCCGUGCCCACAAUGUGGAGUUUUUAUCCAAUUACACAAAACGUCCCAAUCCCAUGGAGAAGAAGGAAGAAGAAGGUAAAGAAAACAGCCAGACUCUGCCCUAAAACCUCCAUCUUCCUUCAUAUUUAUUUCUGUAUUCUAAAACCCCAAACUCUGAGUUUUCCACCCUGUGAUAUUACACACUUCUGACCAACCCCACACCCACGAUUCCAGUGCUAUCAAUCAAUUUUGGAAGCCUCUCCACAGCCCCAGGUCAGUGCAGUGUUCUCCUGGGGGUCAGAGCCUUUCAGCACAGAAAGUUUAAAAUUUCAGCAGCCAAAGUUCCAUCACCCAGCUGUGUUCAGCUCAGCUCUGCCUCCCUGGCACUUCAGCCCUGACUGGGAGUGAAUCAGGCACUGGAAACAGGAGCCCAGUGGGGCUGAGGCUGCUCAGGGAUUCAGGCUGCAGGAUAAUCUAAAUUAGGAGGCAGAUUCUCUGUGUUUGCACGUCCAGGGUGAGUAAUCCUCAAAGUUAUGACUUGGAGGGAACUGCAGCAACUCAACUGAGUGCAAAGCUCGCAGCUUGGAGGAUGCUUUAGGAACCAUAUGUCAUGUGCUGCCCUCAGCUGAGAGCAAACAGCUCUGCCUGGGGACUGGCUGCCCCGGCCACACUGAGACUAAAAUUAGCAGAGUGUUGCAUAAAUUGUGAGCUGUAGCUUGGCAGUGCUUCACAGUGAGUUCUGAUACUCCUUCACUGUUUCCUUGAGGAGAGACAAUAAAGGCAGGGGAGGAGAAGCAGAAAAGCCCCGUGGUGGCUGGAGGCUGUGAAGCGAUCUGGGACGCUGCUGGGCUUCACAGCUCACACAGAUCACAGGCUCGGCCUGAGCAGCAGAAGGCUGAAGCAAUGCCAUAAAAAAAGCCCAGGCUGGGUUUUACUGCACAGGACAAGGUCUCAGGAAACAGAUGGAUUGAUAAGAGAGCAAACAAUGAGAUAAAGGAUUCACAGGGAGCCAGCACAGCCAGGCUGACCAAGCCAAAGCAGGGGGUCUGCUUGGCUCUGCCAUAAACAAUUGGGUUUGUGCUCAGCCACGGUGCAAGGCCAAAAAUAGUGCAGAAGGUGGAGUUAACCUGUAGCAUUGUCAUUCUUUUGGUGGGUUCAGGGCCUUCACUUCUGUGCCAACCAUUUUCCCUCCCUGCACCACACUCCAGACCUUUGGAUCUCCCAGCAGAACUCAGGGUGAGCUGUCCAUCACAAAUUGUUCAUCACAAGUUGUCCAUCACAAAUUGAUAAGCUCAAGUUGUCCACCACAAAUUGUUCAUUACAAAUUGAUAAUCUCAAGAUAUCCCUACAAGUUGUCCAUCACAAAUUGUCCAUCACAAAUUGUCCAUCACAAAUUGUCCAUCACAAGCUGUUCACCACAAGUUUCCCAUCACAAGUUUUCCACCACAAGUUGUCCAUCUCAAGUUGUCCACCACAAAUUGUCCAUCACAAGCUGUCCAUCACAAGCAGCCACAGAGGCUGGUGCCAGAUCUCCUCCUGGGAACAAUCACCUCUGUCAGGAGAAGGGCACAAGGUUUGAAGGAGUCAAAAUUUGCUUGCUUUGGCUCCAGCCCCUGGCUGACCACGCUCCCAUUUCUCAGGAAGGGCUGUCAGAGCUCCAGGUUUUGCAUUCCUGGCUGGAAUUCCACGUGUAAAUUUGCCAAGAAGUGCCUUGAGCAGCACAGCACCUCUUCCUGCUCCAAUCUCUGAGUGGUUUCCAAGCCAUAACUGCACCUUCAGCAUCCUAUUCUAUGCUGAUCCUAUUUUUUUAUUGAUCCCUCUUGGUAUCAAAAGAGAUUCCUGGCAACUUUCCAUAGGCUUGCAGACACCCCCAUUCAAUCUGGUGAAAAAUUAGAUGUGGAAAUAACUUGCAAUACUUGAUAUUGGUAAAUUAAAGAUUUCCUCAGGAAAUUCCUCCACUUGAAAAAUUCAGUGUAAAUGGAAAAAUCCAUUUUUCUUUCCAAGAGGAAAAGGUGUCCUGAUGUCAGACCAUUCAUGCUCAAUGCAUCAGAAAGCAAAUUCAUUUAAACAAAUUCCACCCUGCUGCAAAUUGCGCUUUGUGUAUAUGCGAGCAUCACCUUCUGGGUAUGAUUUGGGUUUGCUUUUGUUCAGGCUAUGAAAUAAAAAUAGGCCUGGGGAUCUUAUUUUUGUUGUGUUUCCAAGUUACAUAAUUCAAAUGUUGUUUUUAAAGAAAACACACAGGAAGCUGCAAUGUGUUUCUAAAUAGGUGACAGUGAAGAACUACAGCAAUGUGUUCAGGCACAUUUCUGAGGGUUUUAACAAAAUAAUGUGUUAAUUAUUCUAUUUUACAAGUUAAAUAUAGACAAAUGCUUAUGUCUUGCUAUAAAAUCUGGAACACAUCUUUAUGUAAAACCUGAUCAAAACCAAAAAGAAAUGUUGCCUUUUUUUCCCCUGCCACUCAGAAAAGCACUUAAAGCAACUUUUACCAAUUUAACAGCUCGAAGAACCUCCUCACACUGUUUAAUCCUGUAUUUUUAUUAUUGUUUCAUUACAGCUCUUUUCUUUCCCUGUUUAGACAAGUCAAUACUCUCGUGUGCCUCUCUCAAGGUCGUUCAGAGAACAUUAAUUAUGGUGUAAAGCUGGGAUGGAGCACUGCUGUCUCCUCCUGUGCUGCAAAAAUCCACUGCUGCCUCCACCCCAGGGGUAGGUGAAGGGCUGGCCCUGCUGCAGGGGGAGGAAAUGAAGGGGAAUUUGGGGCAAGGCAAGAAGAGGAAUUUGGGGCAAGGCAGGGAGAGGAAUCUCCUCGUCCCUUCUGUCCCAGGGCGUGCCCUAAGACCCGGAGUUAUCCUGCUCUCAGCUGGGCUCCUGGGAGGGUCUCGUGUCUUUCUCACAUCCUCGCCGAGUUCAUUUAAAUUCCCAGAGCCAGGAGGUUGGAGCAGCCUGGGUGUGCGGUUAUCACCGUGUUAAAAAUAAAAUUAAAUUAAAUUAAA